AUUAUUGUGUGUGCGCUAAUCGCCACUAUUUUUUAUUAUUAUUGUAUUUUAAAGUAUAGUUUUUAGGUAGUUGCAGCUGGCCAGUCUGCGUUCCACAAACUGAACUCCGGGGACAUUGAGAAAAAACUGUGGAGAGUUAAUAAUUUUAGAUUAUCAUUAGUAAAUUAAAGUAGAUAUCUUUGAAGAUAGGUUUGAUAAUUAUUCUAAAGCGACGCUAUGAGUAAAGAUUAAAGAAUACAAUUAGAUCUGAAUUUUCAUACUCAUAUAUGAAAACCCUAAACAUAAUAAUAACGGGUUAUGAUUGAUUGGAUUUAUGCCUGUUACGAGUACAAGAAGAUACUUAGCCACGGGCAUACAAUUCCGGCAACUCGCUUUCUCUUUCAGAAUUUCAAAAUCGGCGAUAGCCACAAUCGUUUCAGAAGUAUGUAAAGCUAUAUGGACAACAUUACUAUCGAAACACAUGCCUGAACCAACAGAAGAUAAUUUUAAAAAAAUAGCGCAAGGUUUCUGGGACAGGCGACAAUUCCCCAACUGUUUAGGAAGUAUUGACGGAAAACACAUACGUAUAAAAAAACCAAGCAACUCCAGUUCCAUGUAUUAUUGAUAUAAAUCUUUCUUUUCAAUCGGGU